CUCUCCCUCCUCUCCCUUCCCUCUCCCUUCCCUCUCCCUUCCCUCUCCCUUCUCUCCCUUCCCUCCCUUCCCUCUCCCUUCCCUCUCCCUUCCCUCUCCCUUCCC